CCCGCCCGCAACACUAACUGCCCGCUCACCGCCCGCUGGGCGACGGCCCACCCCCCCGCCACCGAGGGCAUUCUGUGAGAUGUAGUCCUGUGCCUGUGCCCUGCGGGGCGCAACUACGAGUCCCAGAGCGAGCCGCGGUGAGGAGAGCAGGGGAGGCGGAGCCGGCGCCAUUUUGAGAGUGAGGGAUUGCCCUCCGCUCCCCUCCCCCACCGCCGGCCGGGGGUGCGUCGCUCGCCGGGACGGCGGAGGACGGGCUGGCGGGCGCUCGUGUCUUGAGAUGCUUCAUGCUGAAAGUAGAGUAAGGCUGUUGGAGUGUCAGGAUGAAAUCACAACUGAACCGUGUUCUAAAAAGAUGAAGUCAACGGAAGGGGCAUUUGAGAACCUCUCUGAUUGUGGCAACCAAGGCACUCAAGAAGAAGGGGACCCUGACAGAACCUCCAAUGAUUUGAUACCAGUGUGUGUUUCAGAUAAUGAAGGGGAUAAUGAAGUGCAGAAGCAAGAGAAAAUACCUAUGAAUGUCUUUGGAGCAGUGAAUGAAGUGCUUCCAGAAGGUAAUCUAGAGUUUCAUCAAACAGUUGAUUCUGUGAUUGUGCAGAACAUAAAUCCUCCAUUUGUAUCAAUAAAUGACACUGAGGAUGAAGGAAAGGAAGAUCCUCUUACUGCGAAUGAUGUCAAUGAAGAUAAUACUAAAAAUAGUUGCAUAGCAUUCUCAAUAAAUAGAAAUGAGUCAGAUGAAGAGUUUAUUACAAGCAAAGAGUUUAUUGGACCGAUUUACAAGCCUGCUGAGCGUAAUACACAGGACCAGUCUGGGAGCUGUGAUGAGUGUCAAAGCAGUGUGGGAGAUGGCACACAUGAAAACAGAACUGAAGGAACUGAGACAGAGAAGGUGCCAGCCAUUUCUUCUGCUGUAUCAGGAAUGGAUGAUGAACUGGACCAGUUCUACAAAGAAAUUCACCAGCUGGAAAGUGAAAAUUUAAAUCUGCUUCAGGAAAAAGAAACUGAAACUUCUCAGGAACAAUAUUCUGUGUAUAAUUGCGGUCAAACAUCACAAGAGGAUUAUCAACAUGUAUUGUUGGACAGCCCACAGUCAUUUUACAAGAAUGGACAAUAUUUCUUUGGGGAACAGGGAAGUCAGAAAAUAAGCAGUGAGCAACAGUUUGUCAUGGAAACAAGUGGCUGGAAAACUGAAAAUGCCCUUAAUGGACAAAUAGAGUCUAAUUAUUCAGUGCCUGAAUUCAGACCUGCCUGGCAACCAAGGGAGUCUUUCAUAGUACCUCAGGGGCCUCCUCCUCCUAGACUGACCCAUCAGGCACAUUUUCAGAUAUUUAAUUCCACACAGCAAAAAACAGAUGCUUUUCCUUCUCAGAAUGAUGAACUUUCUUAUGAAAAUUACUAUGGUUACCAUGAAGAUGGGGAUAUCAACUGUCAUGGUGCAGUGCGCGAUCAGAGUAGCUACAAUGUUGGUCAUACUGAUUUCCAAAAUACUCAGGUCUUUAGAAAUGGAAAUAAUCACCAGAGUGGACUCCAAAGUAAUGGUUUCUGUGAAACCAGAAAAGAGUAUUGGGAGGAACCAAAAACUUACAGUGCAGAAGGAAUGCGUAGAUUUUCUUUCCUACCUGAGGAGAGGUUUGAUUGUUCACGGAAAGUGCUCCUUAUCUUAAGAGGCCUACCUGGGUCGGGGAAAUCAACUCUAUCUCGUUUUCUGCUCGAUCACAGCCGUGAUGGCGUUGCACUCAGCACCGAUGAUUACUUUCGUCAACAAGAUGGAUAUACAUACAAUGCUGCUCAGCUGGGGGAUGCCCAUGACUGGAACCAGAAGAGAGCCAAACAGGCGAUGGAGCAGGGAAAAUCUCCAGUUAUAAUAGACAACACUAAUACUCAAGCAUGGGAGAUGAAACCAUAUGUGGAAGUGGCUCUAGAAAAGGGAUACAGAGUGGAGUUCCGUGAGCCAGAUACUUGGUGGAAAUUUGAUCCUGAAGAAUUGGAAAAGAGGAAUAAACAUGGGGUCACUCGUGAGAAGAUUGCUCAGAUGUUGGAACGAUACGAAUAUCAAAUAUCCAUACCUGUUGUCAUGAAUUCAGAGUUACCUCCUCACAAACACACACAGAGGCCACCUCUGCAGCGAAGACAUAGGGAGAGAAUUUUAAAGAAAAGCCACGGGCAUCCCUUGGCAAAAGUAAAGCAGAGGAAAAAGCGAAAAAGAAACAAAACAAUGAAGAUGACAGAAAUCACAAAGCAGAAUUUAAGCAGAGCAGCUCCUCUCAUUCCAGACAACCAGGAAACAUCUGAAAGUGAGGGGGACGACUCAGAAGAGGAAAACAGAAAGUCCUUGUGUGCAUCUGGGGAAGGUGCUGAGGAUCCCGUGGGAGGUUGUGAGGAGCAGCCGAAUGGUGAUAAGGAAAGCGGGACAGAAGCUGUGAGCUCUCCAGUCACAGAGAUGUCAGCUGUGUCCAAUGGGGUGCUGACACAUGAAGUGCCUGCAGAAAGUGACAGCUCACUUCUAACGGAUAAGAAACCCCUUUGUACUGGAAGCACGACCAAAAACGUGUUUGAUGAUGAGGAAGUGAAUCAAAAGCAUAGGGAAAAUCUUUGUAAGAGCAGUACCCUGAAAGUAAAGAGUGAUGGAAGUUGUAUCCAAGAAGCAGAAUGCAACUGUGAAGGUAACAGCCUACUGUCCAGCACAGAAAGCAAACUUAAAAGUACAUGUGAACCUGACAUGGAAGCUGAACAGUUACUUUUAACUGGUGAAGAAAAAGAAAUAUCUCUCUGUCACAAUUCCAAAGUGCAUUACAACGUGCCUGAUAGUAACACAGACAAUAAAAGUGCAGUGAAAACAGAAGAGAACUGCUCUAAUGCCUGGGCUUUUUUUUCAAUUAAUUUAUCUACUGAGGAAUUACAGCAGGGUUUUGAUGCACAACUUUCUUCUUCUUGGUCUGAGGAUAAGUUGGUAGGUGAACAAAGACAGAAAAAAGCGAGGAAGCCCAAACAGAUGUGCACCAACAGUUCAACAGAGCUGAACUGCCCCCAGCCCAGUGAGAGACUGGUAAAGGAGAACCACCAGGAAAUGGUGACUGAGAAGGCAGGUAAUACACAGAGCAAUGGUGUGUUGGCAUCUUCGCCUGAUGAAGUGCACGAGGGUUCACUUGUGGAACCCAGGAGCACCUCCACGCACUGUUCAAUGCCAGUAAAUGAUGCUGCACCAGUUGCACCAAAGAGAAAAAGGUACAGAAGAAUAGUCAACUUGGCACCCAAAUUUAAUCUGCCCAGAGAGAUUGCUGGUGGUACGGAGGGAGGGGAGGAACUCCCACUAAAAGGUGAUGGUCCCUCAGAAAGUGUAUUAGAAGUGGAGCAAAAGGGCUUUCUGCAGCAGGACCGUGGACUGGGACGUGAACAGAACCUGGUGUUUCAGGAGUAUGCUGCACCGUACAGUGGCCCUGAGGCCCCCCAUUCCUUGCCCACCCCUCAUGUGGAUUCCUCCUUACAAGCUAUUUCGUAUUUUCAUUUGGGAAGGUCUUCUCCAACACCAAAGUAUUCUUGUAGUGUUUGUGUGAUUUCCAGAACAAAGGAGGAGCGAGCUCAAACUCCGAGGCAGCAUCAGGCAGUUGGUAACAAAGGUGAAGGUGAAAUCUCCUCAGAUGUCAUAAGCAGCCAACCAGAUAUUUUGUCUUCUGUUCAAGCUGUUUCUGAAUAUGCAGAAGAUCCGAGCAUCUUGGAAAGGUGUGUUGCAAAUGUGCACAAAGCAGAUGGCCCUGAGCCAUCAGCGGCCUCUCCACCCGCAUUUAAACAAGAUGUGAAUAUGAAAACCAGCUUCCUGGGACUUCCCUUAUCCAUAGGAUUUGCUUUUCAACUUGUGCAGCUCUUUGGUUCUCCAGGUCUUCCGCUGGUUCAGCACAUGAACUUACUCAGAAGCACCAUCAGUGCUCGGAGGAGCUGUUUGUGGCAACUGUGAUUUCCAGAUCACUGCCAGCUGGCUGCACAGAGCUGCAGUCAGCAACCAUGGGCAUGUUUGGGAAUCACUGCAACACACUGCGAUGGGAAGAGCCGCCCAUGGCCGCUGUGUGUAAGGGUCUGCAACUUCCUUGGCCUAAACUUAGCCUGUGAAAAAAGCAGUAAGUUUGAUUUGGCAAACAAAUAGAUUUUAAAACACGGAUGAGUUGUUGAGCCUGUACACCUGUCUGCUUCAGUGGAAUUGAAUUUAACCAAAAAAGCAGAAAAGCAGCUUAUGUUCUGUCUCUAUGCCAAAACAGGCAUGCUGAUGCUUUGUUUUAUCAUACAAGCUGAUGGCAAUGUUACCUGCCAGAACAGUGAUGGCAACCCCCUGGCAGCACUGCUGGCCUCGAUGUGUGCCCAAAGAACCUGCGGUGCUGCCUGACCUCAGUUUGGCACCAAAUCAUGUGCAGGGUUAAGCACAGCCAGGAACAAUUGGGGUUGUCUCAACUGCUACAGUAUCUAAGCUUGGCAAGCACUAAUGUCUGUGGUCUUGAUUGCCAGCAUCCAGGAGGGACUGGAGUUGGCCAUGACUUGAAAGAAGUGAUCAGCCAGGGGGAUGGCAAACAGAACAGGCAUCCCGGAGCACUCAGCUGUUGGGUGCAGCAAAUGUCAUUCUUCUGUGAGUGAGUUUCUGGGUGUUUAGAUUGUUUAGCUUGGAGAAGAGAAGGCUCCGGGGAGACCUCAUUGUGGCUGUUCAGUAUGUGAAGGGAGCGUAUAAAUGGGAAGGGGAAUGACUGUUUACAAGGGUGAAUAGUGACAGGACAAGAGGGAAUGGUUUUAAACUGAGACAGGGGAGGUUCAGGUUAGAUAUUAGAGGAAGUUUUUCACAGAGGGUGGUGGCACAUUGGAACAGGUUGCCCAAGGAGGCUGUGGAUGCCUCAUCCCUGCAGGCAUUCAAGGCCAGGCUGGAUGUGGCUCUGGGCAGCCUGGUCUGCUGGUUGGUGACCCUGCACACAGCAGGGGGUUCAAACUUGAUGAUCUUUGAGGUCCUUUUCAUCCCAGGCCAUCCUAUGAUUCUAUUAUAUGAUAUUCUAUGAUAUAAUAUUCUAGAUGAGUUUCCUUUGGAAAUAACCUUUAAGAAAUAUAAAGCCCCCCUGAUAUCUCUGAGCUCUCCCCAGCUUGUGAUUGCUGUGGGUUUGUUUUCUCCUCGAAAGUGUGAAUGCUCCACAGAAUGCUGACUGUGUUCUGAUUCAAACGUGUUUUUCUCACACCUUCAGAAGUUCUUGUGCUUUUUCUGUGGUCAGCUGUGUAGUGAUAGGCUGUUCAUUGGCAUACACGUAGAACUACAGAAUGCUGCAGGCAAGGUUGCCAACCACUCCAUCAGGCAGUAGAGUCUGUGAGUGAUAAUUGCAGACUAUUUUUGUUUAAUAAUUUUGGAGGGAAAAAUUGUGGUAAUUGUCCUUGGAUAUCUAUAAAUGAAAGAUUAAGUUGAUUUACUUGCUUGGCUGUUUCUCUUACAAGCACAAAAUAUAUUUUAGACUGCUUUUCUAUGAAGAAUCUCUUUUCAGCUCCUUGAGAAGUGAAGAGUUUUUGCAGUUAAAACAUACUAGAAAGUAAUUUAUUGGAUAAUAUUGCAGUGCUUCCUAUGAAUAAAGCAUUUUAAAACGUGGAGUCUGUUACAGAACUGCGUUUUGUUGCAUUUAUGGGCUGAGAGCUUUCUGUUCUUGUUUGUGCUGUGGUUCAGGGAGUGUGGGGGAAACGAAAGUCUUUGCAUAAAAAAAGAAAACAAAACCAAAUCUUUUUUCCCUCCCCUCCCCUGGUCUUUGGUAAAUGUCAGUUUUGGCUUUGCUGCUGGCUCAUGCAGGAAUUAGCAAAAAUGACAGUGCAGUGAUAUUCUUUAGCCGUGAAGAGAUGAGAACACUCAACUGCAAAAAUAUUUUCUUCUGCAGAAUCCUUGUUGCCAGAUGAUUAUAUAGUUCCUCUUGACUGGAAAGUUUCAAAGAUGAUCUAUUUACUGUGGAAGACCUCUGUGGAGGUACGAAUUUUAGGGGAUUUCGGAAGGCU